GCAUUACUGUCAUGAAUUUCUUUAAGAAAUCUUGACGCUGUUGCGCAACUUUGACAAGUAGAUUAAAAGUUAAAAAAAUUUCAAAAAACAGUGUUGUUUUUGGUUUUUAUAUAUAUUUAAAAGUGCAAGAAUGUGUGAUGAUGUCAAGUUUGUUAUUGAAUUGCCUGAUAUUCUAAUUAUUGCUAAAAAUGUGUUUUAAAAGUCAGCUGGUAGCCAUCUUGUUUAUUACUAGAAAUGAAAACAUGGAAACUGACUUUUUUAACAAAAAAAUAGCCGUAUGUUCGAUUUAAAAUUAAUAAAUAAUGCGUCUGUUCACCUGAAAGUAAGUUAAGUUUAAAUUAGUUUGCUUAAUGAGGAUCUAUUAAAAAUGAGGACAGUGAUAUGGCCUAGCAUUUGUUGUAUUUUGUUUUAUUUUGGCGCCAACUAUUGACGAUUCAAAUUUCGUAACUGAAAUAGUGUUAAAAUACAAUAUUGCAUAAUAACUUAAACAAUGAGCAAUUAUUAGUUUUAAACCUAUACAAGAUUAUAGAAGAUUUAAAGUAUAUUUCCUAGCAUAGAGAAAAAUAUAUAAUUAUAUAAAGUGAAAGAAUCCAAUUUUCUGGAAGAGUUACUAGUAUUAAAACUUGUGCCUUUUCAUCGAAUGGGAGCUCUAACUAGCUGGUUUUUAUUACUGACCAUCCAGGAUGAGUGGCCAUACACCUAUUAGAAGAUUCAAAAUGGCUACGAAUGAUGGAACCAGCACAGAAUUAUUUCCUGGGUGGUCAUCAGUUGUCCACCAACCAGCUGAAGAGUCUGAAGAAACAGAUUUACCAAGUACAGUAGAUAUCGCUGCUCUUUGUGUAGAACCUUCAAAACCAACAACAACUGCUGUACAGAAUAAUGAUCACAGUGAUUCGGAUAGUGAUUCUGAAGCUGAUUCUAGUAAUUCCACUGAUGCUUCUCAAUCAGGUAGUCAGUCAGACUCUUCAGAUUCUGAAGACAGUUCCACUUCAAGUCAAGAAUCAUCAUCUCAUAGCGGACAAAGUAGUCCAAGUCCAGAAUUUUCAGUUACUAGUUCCCAAACUGGGCUUUGUUUGACUAUUCGCAAACAAAGUGAUACAAGUGAUAAAAAUAUGACGAAGCAAACUGAACAAUCGAAACCGACUAAAUCUACUUCUUCAAGUUCGGAUAGUGGCCCAACAAGCGAUUCAGAUAGUGAAUCUGAAAAAAGUGAUAAACAUAAAAAGAUCGAAACUAAGAUUGAGACAAAAGCUGCAUCACCUAUUAAAGACAGUGUUAAGAAUGUUAAGGAAUUGAGAAGGUUGCCGCUUAGAACGAGAUCAAAAGUUGGAGAGAAAAAGAAAGAGGAGUCAGCAAAGGUGGUUAAAAAGGAGGUUUCAGUAUCCAGCGGGGUUAAAACCAGUAGUACGAAAGCUAAGCUACGGCCCAGACGAACAAGAAAGAUGGCGUCGCUUCCGCUUUCCCGAGGCUCCACGUAUUCAAGUUCAGACUCGGAUGAUUCAGAUGCAGAUAGCGCGAUGUUGGCUUCCUGUAGCCUCCAAGAAAUCCGCCAAGAAGAUCUAGCUGCUAUUUUACCCGAUCAACAAGAAAUCGAUGCUUUCGAUUUCGAAUGUAAUCGAAGCGAUAAAAAUUCACCGGCUACAGGAGACAUGUCCGGUUCGGAUAUGGAACUACCUCAACAAGCGGUUAACGCGCUAAUACAGAGGACAACUGAGAGUUCCAGCGAAGGCGAAACGCAUGCGCCACCAAAUCCUGGAAGUUUAUACGCAAAUAGCUUAUUACAACAGUUCGUGGCGCAGACGCAGAUGUUAAAUACCCCUUGUCCUCCAAUACCGACUGUAAGUGAGGCAGUUAAACCUUCAACUAUUUCGACAACUAAUUUGGAUGCUCAAAAUGGCAAACCGGAUGCGGAAAUUGCUAAGAAAAGGCGAGGUAGACCGAAAAAAGCUGAAAAAGAUACUAAUCAAACGGAAAAAACUCAAGAAUAUUGCACCAAUCCUAACGUUUCCCCCGAUUCCGGUAUACAAAAUAGCCCGGAUCACGUUUCAAGUCCAGAACCAAGUUUAUCCCCUAGUAUAAAACAGAAACCAACAAUUCCAAAAGAGGAACCUAAAAAGGUGGAAAAAUCCCCACCAAAAAUGUUAAAAAACGAUAAAACUGUGACUAGAACUAAUAAUAAUCUUAAACAAGUACCUGGUGUUGUUAAUUCGAAAGAAAUGAGUAAAAUUCCAGUAACUUCCAAUAGAUUUGAUAGAGUAAUGUACGGUAAUGCCGAUAGAGUAUUAUACCCACCGAGGAGAAAAGCGGGUAGACCGCCUACAGUUAAAAAAGGACCCGGUAGACCACCGAAGCAUAGAAUAACUUCCAAUACUGAUGCAAACAAUAAAUCCUUAGACAAAUCUAAAGAAAAUCAACAAAAAGUAAAGAAAGGAAGAGUACUCAAUAGGCCGGUACUCAGUACGAAAAAUAAAAUAGAUAAAAGAAAUCGCUACCAAACCCUUAAAGUUCCCAAAUUGAUGCACAGUAAACAUAAACAUAAAAAGCAUAAAAAGUACAAAUUCAAAGUAUUAAAACCACUUACGACAUCAGAUCCCAAGAUAAAUAUAGAUAUCGACAAACUGAUUGCAGAUUUUAUUAAGUACUGUGCUAUAGCAACCAAACAACCUAAAGAAAAUGUACCAGAACAAAUAAUGAAAACGUUAAAGAAAGUUACUAAAAAAAGAAAAACAACCGAACAUUCAGAAAAGAAGAAAAAGAAACAAAACGUCAGUACUGCAGAUAACAAAGUAAAUAAUUCAAACGAACAACGUUUACCUCUCAAGAAGAGGCAUUACCAUCUAUUAAACAGUAACGAUAACAAAACGGAUGCGGAAGAAAUUAAAAUAGAACCCGAAGACAUUAAAACCGAAAAAAAUAAAUUAAAACAACCAAUACAGUCGUCCAAAAUUGAUAAACCGAAAUUAGGUAAUACAACUCCUAAGAGUGAAAGUCAGAGAGCACCAGUUUCUCCAAAGCACGUUCCAGUUAUUAAAUCAAACGCUACUUCUUCACCUAAAGUACAAAAUAAUAAUAACAACGAAUACGAAGUAAAAGAAAAUACAAAAACUAUUAUAAAAGAAGCGAAAACUAUAACAAAAGAAGUAAUUAAAGAAAACGCUAAAUCAUCUCAUAAAGAAUCUACAAAAAUAACAGUCAAAGAAACGAUAAAACAGUCUGCUAAAGAACAAGUAAAACAAAUCGUAAAAGAAACAAAACCAGCAGGAAAAGAUGUAACAAAAACUACAAGUAAAGAAAUUAAAAAAGAUACAGGAACAAAACGCGAUAGCCAUAUUAAAGAAGCAAUCGAAGCUUGCAUAAAUCGUUUUUCCGAUGAAUUACCAACAUCUCCUAAUUCUAUUGAAAAGAAAACAAAUUCAAUUACCACAACUCCUAAAAAACGACAUAGAUUAGAAAUGGUAAAUUCUAUAGAACAAUUAGACGCCGUAAUAAAAGUAGAGCCUGUUUCAACAACCGAAGAAGAAGAAGAAGAUAAACCGAAAAUAAAUAUCGAAUCGUUUAUAACCGAAUUGAAAGCCAAAAGGAAUCUCAUCGCUAAAACCUCGACAACCGUAGACAACAAAAAACUAAUAGAAAAAAUAGAAGAAGUUAAAAAAGAACAACCAGUCAACGAUCAAAGUACCAAAUUAUCUCCUGAAUCUGCUAAGAAGAAAGUAAGAAAAAGAAGAGCCAUCAAUAGAACCGGAUUUCCGACUGUAAAAAAGAAAAAAAAGAAAACGAUCGUUGAAUGCUCAAUACCAUUACCAAUACAAUCUUUACCUUCCAACGCUUGCGAUCGAGUACCCAAGGAAGGUGAAGAAUACAUAAAAUUUGUUCAGAGAACGGAAAAAUCCGAAAUUUCAGUAUCCACGCCAGUCACACCGGAAAAAGAUAAAAUAGACGAGUCUUCCCAUUGGGAAUUGAUGAGCGAAUGCGAAAGCUUACCCCAAGAUGAAAGAACCGAAUUCGAAGAUGAUGUUAAAUCCGAAAGGAUGACACUUCGUCAACGAGACUUUUCUCCUUCAUCAGUUGACACUAGAAGUAGUGAUCGCAGCAAAUAUAAACCGGACGACCCGGAAAACGAUCUCGAAUUAUCUCUCGAAUCAAGCAUAGAACGUCUACGUUCCAGACUAGAAGAACGCGCGAAGCGCAAAAGGAGUAAAGAAAAGCUGUUUGAAAACAACUAUCCUAAGAGGAAAUUGAGAGACGUGUCACCUGCUAGUAGUAUCGAACCAUUGAUCGAAAGAAGAUUAAAGGAGGAUAGAGCGUCGACUUCGGGAGAUGAAAAGAAAGUGAGAAAGGGUUUAAGAUGGAGAAAAAAGUAUCUCGUUGCCGGAUUGUUCUCGGAUUACUAUAAAGAGGAUGACGAAACUAUUCGUCAAAAACGUACCGAGAAUGCUAAUAAACCAUCCCGGAAUAUAACUUACAACGCAGCUGAUCAUCCAUACGGUCUCUUACCACCCCCGUAUCAUUGUGGAAAGUAUCUUAGGUGCAGAAAACUUCCUUUUCAAUUACCUUACGAUAUCUGGUGGCAACAUACACAUUCUCAGCUACCAGGUAGAGAUAUAGUACCGUCUUGGAAUUACAAGAAAAUUAGGACCAACAUUUACAAUGUCAAAACAACAACAGGUACUUGUGAACCUCAAUCAUGCAAUUGUAAACCUUCAAGUAACUGUGGAGAUGAUUGUAUCAACAGAUUAGUAUAUUCGGAAUGUCCAGCUUCCCAUAGGUGCCUCAAUCAAAGGAUACAAAGGCAUGAUGGAGCACCGGGAUUAGAAAAAUUCAUGACAGAAUCUAAAGGUUGGGGAGUUAGAACUAAACUACCAAUAAAAACAGGCGAAUUUAUUCUCGAAUAUGUUGGUGAAGUAGUAUCUGACCAAGAAUUUAAAGAACGCAUGGGUACAAUUUACACCAAUGAUACCCACCAUUAUUGUCUACACCUCGAUGGGGGGUUGGUAAUAGACGGUCAUCGUAUGGGCGGUGAUGGGAGAUUCGUUAAUCAUUCUUGUGCACCGAAUUGUGAAAUGCAAAAAUGGUCUGUCAACGGACAAUUUAGAAUGGCCUUAUUUUCCCUUAGAGAUAUUGAAGCCGGCGAAGAAUUAACUUACGACUACAAUUUCUCUUUGUUUAAUCCAGCCGAGGGACAAGAGUGCAAAUGCGGCAGUGAACUUUGUCGAGGAGUAAUCGGUGGUAAAACACAACGAGUUCGACAAUUACCUGAUCAAUCGACUGCCGAUAAAAAGAAUCCUGGUAGAGUAGGAAGACCGCGGAAAAACGAAGCGAAAAAGAAAUCUACCAACAACAAUAAUAAAGAAAUCGAAAAACCACCUGUGACCCCUCAAACGUUGCCGAUUAUCCAAGUUAAACCUGUCAGUCACCAACAGAAAUGCUUCAUUUUAGAACACCAGUGCUUUUUAUUGAGAAACUUGACGAAGGUAAGGAAAGUUCGUGAUAGAUCACUUAGCACUGCUUCGGGUACAUCCAGACCACAAACCGCCACGCCUACCGAUACCAGCACAUUUAUUAAUCAAUUGAACGCGCUUCAAAAACCCAGGAAUAUGAAAACUAGAAGAUUAGCACAAGCCGAAGACGAUCCAGAACUUAACAAGACCGUUAAACUGGCCACGCUUCUUAAAGAUAUAUGGACCGCCGUAACAACUGCUAAGGAUUCAAAAGGCGAACUUCUGAGUAUACCGUUCUUAACAAUGCCAUCAAAACGUAAAGUACCCGAAUUUUAUACCAGACUUUCCAAUCCCAUAGAUCUAACUAUUAUAGAACAAAAUAUAGCUACCGGAGUGUACAAGACAGCAGAAAGUUUUGAUGAAGACUUUAACCUGUUAUUUAGGAAUUAUAUUCGUUUCUAUGGGCGUACUAGCGAGAUGGGUAUCGCUAGUGCUAAAUUAAAAAAAAUUUACACAGAUUCCAAAAGGGAAAGUUUAACAAAAUUCGAAGAUACUUUAGGGGAAAAACCGCCCUCUACGUUUGUCUCCAAUAAGAAGAAGAAUGAAGAAGAAGAUAUUAUAAGGUGUAUUUGUGGUAUACCGAGAGAUGAAGGACUCAUGAUACAAUGCGAGCGUUGUAUGGUUUGGCAGCAUUGUGAAUGCGUGAAAGCUGAUGCUAGUGCUCCCAGUUAUCAUUGCGAGAUUUGCGUACCAAGAGAAGUCGACUAUGAGAUUCCUUUGAACGAGUUUACCGAGCAUGGACACAGAUACUACAUGACUUUAAUGCGGGGCGAUCUUCAAUUGCGACAAGGAGAUACCGUGUAUGUUCUACGAGAUAUUCCUAUAAAAGGUACCGAUAAAAAGCAUACUUAUGAUACGAUAGGGAAGAUAGAAUACACCGAUUUAGACAUAUUUAGGAUCGAAAGGUUAUGGAAAGAGGAAAAGACCGGUAAACGUUUAGCGUACGGUCACCAUUACCUAAGACCCCACGAAACUUUCCACGAACCGACUAGAAAAUUUUUCCCGAAUGAAGUUAUGAGAGUACCUCUCUACGAAGCAGUGCCUGUUGAAUUGAUUAUAUCCCAUUGUUGGGUUAUGGAUGUAAAUACUUAUUGUAAAGGUAGACCUAUAGGCUCCUCUCCGGAUCAUAUAUACAUAUGCGAAUAUAGAGUUGAUAAAGGAGCUAAAAUGUUCAGCAAAGUAUCAAAAUCUAAGUUUCCCAUAUGCACGAAAAGCUUUGCUUUCGAGCACUUUGAGACGCGCUUAAAAAUAUCUAGGACGUAUUGUCCUCACGACGUCGAUGAGGCGUUUAUGAAAUCUACAGGGAGAAAACAAAAAAACGAUGAGGCAACUAGUAAAAGUGGAUCGGCAAGUGGAGGAACAAGCGUUAAACAGGAAACGCCGAGUACCAAUGUCGUACCACAAACUGUCGUUAAGACUCUCGCCGAACAAAAGGCACGUCUCAAUCGAGUUUUAUUAUCUCUCUUAUGCAAAAUGCCUACAAAGCAAGUCCUCGACGUUUCGUAUCUUUUAGAAGGAGGACGUCGGAGGAAAAAACAAACCGAUAAUGCUACUAGUAAAUAAUAGAUAAUGUUUCAUCGGUUAUUAAAAUGGGUGAUAUUUUUAGAUAUUUUCUAUUAUAGACCAGUUGAUUGAAAACGAAUUUUUACUUUCAAUUUCUUAAAAUUUGUUUUAGAAUGAUAAGGAAAAAAGUAAUCAAUUCUAAGAUUAAUUUUUUUUAUAUAUGUAUAUGUAUAUAUAAUAUUUGAAUGUAAUAAUUUUAAUUCGUAUCAACUGGUCUUAAUUAUGUUUAAAGCAGAGAUCUGCAAUUGAUGUUUUAAAUAUUAUUGAAUAUUUUACGAGAGCUUAAUCCAUAGAAAGAUUUUUCACUUUCUAAUUUGUUGAUUCAUAAGAAAUGUUGUUGAAGGACAGUUUAAAAUCACGGAGUUGUAGUUAAAGCGAAUUUUACUUUUUUUUAAAGCAAAAAUAUGUGAAUGAAAAUAAUUCAUUACGAAAAAAUUGAAAGCGUCCUAGCCCAACGAGAAAUUGUAAAAUAACAUUCAACCCUUGAUCGAACAUUCUCAUUAUAGAUAGAAAUUUUUUCAUGGAAUAAUUAUCAUUUUUCAAAAUCAGAUUUUUUUCCAAAAUAAAUAAUAAAAAGUUGAAGAAAAAUUAUUUACGAAUAUAUAAAUAUUCUAAAUUGGAUUAUUCUUGUUAUUUGAAUCACUUUUUAUGGAUUAACUCGUAUUGUUUUCAUGAAUAGGUGAUAUUCUAACAACAUCAAAUAUUAUAAUUUCAAUUAUAAUUUCCUCUCUUUUAUAAUUAAAUUUCGAAACACUUAUUGGUGCACUUUGUACAUUGUUCUGUUUUUUAUCUCACUUGGUAAUUUUAAUAACUAGUCAUAGUAUUGUUAAUAAGUUUUUUUAUUGAUGAGCACAUAUAUUAUUUAUUUGUAUAGAGAAAAAAAAUUGUUGCUUAUAUUUUCGUGUUGAAAUUGCAUCUUAUAUUAGGUACAAACUAUUUACAUUUUUUAUAUAUACGCGAUGUCUAUCGACAGAUAACUUGUAUGUAAUUGUUUAUUUACAGGGUGAACUUUCAACAUUAACACAAAUUUUUUUCAAGCUCUAUACAGUAAAGGUUCAAAUAUAAUUUUAUAACAAGUUUGGAUGUAUUUAAUAAUUUCACAUAUAAUAAUUUUAGUCAGUGUUACUGUUUGCCAACAUGGUAGUUGUUUUAUUUAUUAAUCUAUGGAUCGAUUCCUUCUACUACCGAAGUGUAUAUGUGUAAAUACCAAGAAAUCGAUGAAAUGGAACAAAAUCGAACAGUUUGAAAGAAGUUAAGAUUAUCAUAAUAUGUAUAAGAGAGAAUUGACAACUAAAAAGAAACCAAAUAGCCUACAUCCAGGUUUGUUGGACGCCGAUGGAAAACUAAUAUCCAAAAGCUCAAAGCUUAUAAAGAUGUGGAAGACUUAUGCAGAAACUUUCUGAAUAUUGAAAUUAGUGUGCAAAACAGAAAAUCAGUUUCUUGAUAUUUUGACCACCUUUUUUAACACCAUCUAUUAAAGAGGAAAUAUUCCAGAAGACUAAUUGCAGUCAACCUUCUAUCCCUAAAAACCACAUAAAUCACAUAACGAAGUUUUUUACCAAAAUUAUACCACCGUCGCUCAAAUAGUGACAUAAACCAAAAAAACAGUCUAUCGAGUUAUAAGGGUUUGAAAUUAAUUCUAAUUUCGAUUUUCACUUUCCGGAUGAUGAAUUAAAAACUAAUAAGGUUACCACAAUAGUAAUUAUGUAUGUGACAUUAUUUAAGAUAAAAUUUUCUAGCAUCAAUGGUUCAGUGAAAGAGAUUUUCUUCAAAUUUCUUGACAUAUACUAUUUGAGCGAUAUAUCAACUACUAAGAAUGCAAUUUACGAAUUUACGAAAAAAUUUAUGAAGGUAUUGAAGGGUUCAUCCUGUAUAAACCCCAAUAAAAUUCUCUAACAUACUAUUAUGCAUACUUUAGGUCUUUUCAUCUUAAACAGUUUUCCCUUAUCAACAGCUCCCGUACUUGAACGGUUUGGUUUGUAAAAAGGUUGACAUCUUCCGAUGUAAUAAAAAAUUAUUUGAUCAUUUCUUAUAAAGCCUAACAAGUGCCGUUAAGUUAGACUGAAAUAAUUUAUUAUUUGAAAAGACCUAUAUUUACUAUUUUUUUUUAGGGCAUACUAAUUUUUUAUUAUAUUGAAUCGCCUUUAUAGACAUACUUUAUACUAAUUUUUUUAUUGACAAAUUUGUUGUAAUUUUUUGUAAAUAGGAUUUUAUUAAAAGUGAUUUUUGAUAAAUGAUUAUCAUGGAAUUGUAAUUUUUGUAAAAAUUAUAUUUAUUUCUUUUUCACGACUUUAUUGUUAAGAUUUGUUGCUAUACACGGUGGAUUGAAAAUUAUUUCUGUAAAUGGUAUAUUUUUGACAAAACAAAUUCCCAAUACAACCAUUUUGUGUAUUCAAAUCAAUUCAAACUAUAGUUUUAAUUUUUUUGUACAGUGUAAUCACUUUAAUUCGUACACAACUAUUAAAAUUUAUGAUUCCAAUAGAACUGGUCACAAAAACGUGAAAAGUUUGUGUCAAACAUUGAAAGAUUACAUAGAAUGUUCCAAUUUUUCAUUAUUACUCAAUUUAAUCGAUUAAAAGUGUUCUGAUCAAUUCAAAACUAUUAUUUAUUGCUAAAAAUCAAAGAUAUACUAUCAUCAUCUUUACGGUCUCUUACAAGUACCAUCCAGCUUGCUGCACCAAUCUUUGUAGCACCUUCAAAGACCCCGUCUCCAUCUUAGUCUUAGUCUCCCUAUUCCUCUACUUAACGUUGGUAUAACCUCAAAGUUCUUUUUUGUGGGCACGCUGUUGUCAAUACGUGCCACAUGUCCUGCCAAUCUUGAUUGUUAUUGUUAUGUCUCUGUUUCCUGAUCCUCUAUAAAUGUUGUAAAUCUCAAAAUUAUACUUUUAUCAUCCUUCAUGUUAGAGAAAUUAAUUUUUAUUCCAAAACACUUUACUCAUGUCACUCUAAGUAUAUUGCUAGAAUUUCACAAUUAAUAUUUAACCGACUUCCAAUUAAUUUAGUCCAUUGAACACUUGCACACCAAAAUACACGGAUUAUUCGAAUUACCCCGGUAAAAAGUGACCAUUUAGGGGGAAUUAUGGUAUUAAAAUUUUUUAUACAUUUCAGUUAUUUUUGGCGGCAUUGUAGUAUUUUAUUUCAGGGUUUUAUCAUGAUUAUGAAAAACGUGAUCGCCUAGAGGUUAGGUCAUCAAUUCCCUACUUUGAAAUGGCUGAAUCAAAUUUGAGGGAAAAUGCUUUUUUUUCAAUUUUCUUGACAUUCAUUUCAAACUAUCUACACUUACGGAUGUGAGAAGUGGAGUUUCUUUUUUCAUCGAGUUUUUCGCUCAAGUUUCUUUCGGUCUUUUGUUUAUAGUAGUACCUCAAGUAAUUUCUUCCCUAUGUUCCCAAUCGCUUUAUUUAUUUUGUCCAUCCAAGUCUUCUUCUGUUUCUCGUUCUUAUAAUCUGACUUCUAGUAUUCUUCUCGUUAUCCAUUCCUUACUUGUUCUUUUUACAUGUCCAAAUCUUCUUAGUUGAUUUUCUUCUAUGUUCUUCUUCUACAGGUUUUGUAUUCAAUAUUUGACUGUAGUAUUUGUUUUUGACGUGAUCUAAUCAAGUCUUGAUCUCAAUUUUCCGGAGGAAUCUUAUUACUGUUGUUUGUACCUUUUUCCUGUGUCUUUCGGUCAUUGACCAUGUUUCGGAACCAUAUAUUAGUAUGGUUAUAAUUGGUCUUUUGUGAAUUUCUACUCUUAUAUUCCUUGUUUCUGUUAUUUUUUUCUCCAAUUUCCAACUCUUGAUAUUUGAAUUAUUUUAUUUGUUCUAUUUCCCAUUUUGACACCUGCACUUCUGUUUAUAAUCUUGGUUUUUUCCAUGUUUAUGUUGAUACUAUAUGGUUGUACAAUUUUAAAUUUUGGUUUAGUGUUUCUUCUUCCUCUGCAAACAUGACCAAGUCAUCAGGAUAUUGUAUUUCUGUUAGUAUAUCUUUGUUUAUUUUCCAUUGCCCUACUUUAUAGCUUUUCAAACUGGUGUUUUUAUAGCCUCUUUGAGGAUUAUUGUGUAUAGCAGUGGACUUGAUAUACAAUCUUGUCUUACUUCAUUAUUUGUUUCAAAUGUUCUUUAUUUUGAGCUCUGACUUAGUUUUGGUUGUUGCUAUACAGAUUUCUAAUGCCUCUAACUUUUGGUUUAUUCCUUUCCUAUCUUCCAUAGGUCUUCUCUAUUUAUUAUAUCGAAGGCUUUUUCAAGAUCGGUCUAUUGCUUUUGUCUACUGUUUGUCUCAGUAUGAAUAUCGCGUUUUACGUGCCCCUAUUGGGUCUAAAUCUAAACUAAAUUCCUUCUAAUUUUCCCCUCAAUAUCUUUUCUAUGAUUAAUAAUUUUUAAUGCUAAAAAAAGAAUAUAGCAAAGCUUCUGGUUAUUUUUACCACAUAGCAAAAUUUUCAAAAGGUGAAAGUCAUAGGACAGUUAAACAUGAACUGAGUGUCACAAUUCACCCCUAUUUUACUCUUUGCAUAGAUGAGUGCUGUUUCAUGAAUUUGUUUUUACCACAAAAUAAUUUAUGAGACAAGUUAUAGAGAUUGAAAGUUAUUAUAGGUAGUGCCACAUUAUAUAUACAUUUUCUAUAUGAUUCUAACUUCGGGAACAUUGGAUCAAUUCCAAAUUUACAAAAUUUCAAAGGUACUUCUAAUCCAAACCAAACUAGAAAAAAUUUUAAGAAAAACCAGUGUUAUUAUCCCUAUAGUAUGGAAAAUUUAUGUUUUUACGCCCAAUAUGUAAGAAAUUUAUUUUUUCUUGUGAUACACUGUACGAAGAAUGCAUUUAUGUUUGCAAGAUAACUACUGUGAAAUUUUUAUAUUGUUGUAGACAUCCUGUAUACGUUGAAAAAGGGUUUUCCCUUAUUUACGAAAUGGUAUUAUUUGUAUUUAUUUAUAUAGCUGUGUAUAUAAUUUCUUUAGGUACCUAUUAUUUAUAUCAUUUAAUUUAUUUCUAAAAGAAUGGUAAUUGUUCUUGCCUGAUUGAAAGUAACAAUAUAAUAACACUAUGUUAAUAUCACAGUAGGAUAUAUAUAUAUAUAUAUAUACUUUUUAUGAUAAAUAAAGUUGUUAUAUUUUCUGAAAAA